UAGGCUGGUGUAGACAAAACGGACAAGAAGGGAGCAGCUUGAUGGUGGGCUGCCCGGCCACACCCCCAGCCGUUUUCUCCACCCACGACACCGCCUCCUAUCCUGAGCCCUGCGGACUUCGGCUAGGGAGUGAGCAAGAGCGGCUGGGGACGAACAGGGCUCCCCCCAAAGUGUGAAAGAGCAAACAGUGGUAGCCAGCGAGUUCCGGGUUCCCGCCGCCUGCCGUGAGCAACCUGGUGAGCCUUAAGGUUCAGUCAGGUCCCUUCGGGGCGGCGCGGUCCACCCGGGUGCGGGGUGGGUGGCCUGGGCGCGCGCAAAGCCACGGGGUGGGUUCGGCUCCCUGCACUGGACCCGGCCUCCGGCCCUGGGCCUGGGCUGCACGCCCCGGAGGCCUGGCUCGCUCCCGGCUUAGCUGGAAGUCUACUCCAGCGGAACAAGGCCUGUCUGUGCUCGGGAAUCAGCCAGCAGCUGCUGGGAUGGACGCAGACCGAGGGCCUGUGCUGGCCAGCCACUUGUAAGUUGUUGCUGAGUUGGAAGGGAAGGAAAGUCUGAGGCCGAGAGUUGAAGGCAGAUUGCCAACUACCAGGAAAGGAAACCGGUUUCUGACUUUUUUGAUGAGCGUUGUUGCCUGGCUUGGGGAAAGAGCAAGUGAUCCUGCAGCUGGACUUUUAAGUGAUCAUCCAUCUGAGGCCACAGUGAAGGCCCUUAGGUGUGGCUGUGCUUCCUGUCCUGCAGGAGGACACAUCCGUGGGGAGCUGCUGGGAACAGGCUUGAAGUGCUGGGGCAAAACAAACAAACAAACAAAACAGCAAGACCUAAACCAUGAGUGUGGAAGCCAAAUACCGUGCGGCUUCCCUGUAUGUUGGUGACCUCCAUGAAGACGUCACGGAGGACAUGCUGUUCAUGAAGUUUAACACAGUGGGGCCAGUGUUGUCCAUCCGAAUCUGCAGGGACCUGGUUUCCAGUCGCUCCCUAGGCUAUGCCUACGUCAAUUUUCUCCAGCUGGAUGAUGCCCAGAAAGCCCUAGACACCAUGAACUUUGACUUAAUCAAAGGCAAAUCCAUCCGUCUCAUGUGGUCCCAACGGGAUGCGUACCUGAGAAAGUCGGGAAUUGGGAAUGUGUUUAUCAAGAAUCUGGACAAAUCCAUUGAUAACAAAACCUUGUACGAACACUUUUCACCUUUUGGGAAGAUCCUGUCCUCCAAGGUGAUGAGCGAUGACAAAGGGUCCAAGGGCUAUGGCUUCGUGCACUACCAGGACCAGAGUGCAGCAGACAGGGCCAUUGAGGAGAUGAAUGGGAAGCUGCUGAAGGACUGCACCAUAUUUGUGGCCAGAUUCAAAAGCCGCAAGGAUCGGGAGGCUGAGCUCAGAGAGAAACCCAGCGAAUUCACUAACGUGUACAUCAAAAACUUUGGGGAUGAUAUGGACGAUGAGAGGCUCGGGGAAAUUUUCAGCAAAUACGGCCAAACGCUGAGCGUUAAGGUGAUGAAAGAUGCCACUGGGAAGUCCAAAGGCUUUGGGUUUGUGAGUUUUGAUAGCCACGAGGCUGCGAAAACUGCAGUCGAAGAGAUGAAUGGACAGGACAUAAACGGGCAGACCAUUUUUGCAGGCAGAGCCCAGAAGAAGGUAGAACGCCAGGCUGAGUUAAAGGAAAAGUUUGAGCAGAUGAAAAGGGAAAGAAUCCGUGCACGUCAAGCAGCGAAGCUCUACAUUAAGAAUCUGGACGAAACCAUCGAUGACGAGACACUGCGCAGGGAAUUUUCUUCCUUUGGGUCCAUUUGCCGAGUUAAGGUGAUGCAGGAAGCAGGGCAGAGCAAAGGGUUUGGCUUGAUCUGCUUUUUCUCUCCCGAAGCAGCUGCUAAAGCAAUGGCUGAGAUGAACGGCCGUAUCCUUGGUUCUAAACCCCUCAACAUUGCACUGGGUCAGAAGCACUGAGCUGAAACAAUCCUACCUCACCAUUCUGAGCAGCAGCUAGGAGAACAAUACUGCUCCCCACCCAUAGGUGCUAUAAGGAAGGGUAAGCUUCAAAACCAAGCGGCUACUUAAUUCAUUGCUACUAUGCAAUGAAUUUUGUAUAAAAAAAUUAUUUUAUGGGCAUAUAAAAACAUUUGUUAGAAGCUCGGUUUGUUUUACAGGGCAUAUCUUCAAAUUAAAAAAAACUAUAUUUCUUAUUUACUAAUAUUUCCAACUGUUUAGUUGGUUACAUUUUUAUUAUAUUUUGAACUAAGUGA